UCAAGAGUGGUCUCAUAUUGUUACUGCUAACCCCAUAGAGCAGUGUUUAUCAAUUGCAACAACUUUAAAAAGUAUGGACUUCAACUCCCAGAUUUUGCCAGGCAGCAUGUUAAUAUCAAUUCACAUCACAUAAAAAGGUAUUUAAAGGCCAGCGUUCUGGCAGACGAGCACAAUUCAAAGCGCCCUGACGAUGUCUCCUCGAAUGGUGAUGAAAGGUUUGCAAUCAAAUUGCCAAGCUAGGGGCUCAAACCAACAGCCUUAACCACCAACCCGAGCUACUGAUAUUCAAACAUAUUUCAGCAUGUUAAUAUUGCAGUGAUAUGAUCAAGCGAAUACAUUGCUGAGCAAUUAAAAGGCGUUGUUUACCCACAGUAUCAACAACUGUAAUGGCCGGAGAAUUAUGUAGGCCAUCUGUUAGCAAAUUAUUAAAAUCUUAGGUACUUUCUCUGACUGAGAAAGUCAGAUUUGGAUGCGGUUCAUGAGAUCCUUCAGAAAAAAAUGAAGUAAGAAGUUUAAAGAAAGAAUAUAUGACUCAGUGUAUGAUACAGUGGAAGCAAAUAUAGUUUGCAACAAUAAAAUGCUAUGGAAAGGUUUAGAGACUGAGAUUAAAGUAAACUAGAUUUAGUUUUUCUUUCCUUAUUUCCUGAUUUUAAUUUACUUGGCUCGUUACUUCUCAUUCCCCCCUCCCCCCCAAGUUGCCUAGCCUGAAAGGAAAUAACAUGAUGGAUACAUAUGUAUUAUGUGUGUCUACAAGUAAAGAAUAGCAGUUAGGAACCAAAUUUAGAAUUAUAUAAUCUCCUGAAGUUUGAAAGGAACCCUCCUUGUAAGCUACUGUCAUUUAGCCGCUGUGAUUUAUGAAAAAUAAUUCAUCCUAAUUCUUGGAUUAUGAUAUUUAUCUAUGCAGGGUUAGAUAGACUAUUAGACAGAUUGCCUAUCUAAUAUUCAUCAGCGAAAGAAAAAAAAUGUACAGACUAAGGAAAAUGGGGUGAUAAUUAUAAUUAUAAUCAUAAUAGUAUCCAUACUCAUGGAACCAACCAUGCAGUCUUUAAAUAUGACACAAAACAAUUAUGGACUAUUUAGUGGUGAAAGCUGAAGUAAAAUAAUAAUAAAAAUGUCUACUCAGAUUAGUCACUCCCGGUGUAGGGCGAGGCGCACAUUCGGCUCUCCCUGAACUCUUUCUUGGGGGAGGCGGAAAGCGAGUCUUCCUGGAUUCGAAGCCCGCCACCCAAAAACUCCGCGGGGGUAACGCGGUCUCUCGAGGCAGGCGAAGCCCCCCCCCCCAAAGCGGGUGCAGCAGCGAGCAUUGGCGGGAGGAAGCGUACAGGCGCCCGCCGGCUCGGUUCUCCCUCCUCUCCACGAGAUGCCGUUUCCAACAGUUUCUCGGGCGUCGGGAGGGCCACGCCCCGGGGAAGAAGGCAGAGCCCGGCGCUGCCCGAGGAGGCUCGCUCAGCGAGGAGCGCCUUUUCCCGAGCCUGAGCUAGGCAUGGAAAAGCCUUGACCGGGCUUCCCGCGACGCGUCCGGACAAUGGGACGGGACAGGCCAUCGGGGGCAGGUGAGUAGCUGGAGAUUCUCCAGGCCGAUUCAGGAGAUCCAGGAGAUUCUCUUUCGUCGCCCGCCAUCCUCGACGGUCAAGGGAGUUUUCAGGCUUCCCGGCCGUCGGAGCGCGCCUUCUUGGGAAGUGUGAGCGCGGUGCCUCGCUAGCUGGGCACUGAAGGACCUGUUCAGGGAGCCCUUCCUUUCCUUGCGCAGGUCAACAGGUGUCCCAGAAAAGAAGGCAAAAGGGAGGGGGCGUCGCUUGGUUUCUUGGGUGCCGCUUCCCUCACUCCUAGGACUCCGGCCGAGACCAAACUCUACUUUUCCGGACACGGCCAGGGGAAUUGGCUUAAAGGAGCUGGGAUGGACGGGAGAGUCGGCCCUGUUGCAGCCUGGCUAGACGGGGGGAAGUCCGGAAGGGAAAGAGGUCCGCGCGGGCCUUUGGGCUUUAAUCCCGCGGCAAGAGGACGUUUGCCAGGCCGCCGCUGGGAGAUGCCUUCUGUUUAUAAUCUUGUAUCCUGGGAGACAGACCAGGCUCCGGUUAUUUUGAGAAAGAAGAACACCGCGUUUUUGCAGACGACUCUUAAAGAAGCGGGAGCGAUUGUUAUGCAGUGGUCCCAAGCGAAGAAAAGGCAAUUAUCAGAAGAAAUGGACAGUUAUAUUUUUUGGUGGGAUGCUAUUAGCAACCAAAUUUACAUUUGGAGCAAUGGAAAAGACCUGCAACUGCAGCACAGAUUUCAGUUUCCAGAAAUCUAGGACUAAAUUAGCUCCUGAGAUAUGUUGUUUGAAUUUCACAAGGACUAAAAUCGAUACUUUGGAUUGGAGCAUCUUUUCUGGAACUGUAGGGUUGAAAGAGCUGUAUCUAUCAAACUGUGGUAUAUCACAUAUUAAGAAUGUAAGUGUUGAUUCUUUCAGCCUGGAAAUUCUGUACUUGGACCAUAACAAAUUAAAUUGGCUUCCUGAUAAUUUCCUGAGACAUGCACCUAGACUGCGUGUUAUUCACUUGGAGAACAAUCAACUCCAGAAUUUAUCCAAGUCAUUUCUGGAAACGUCUAACCAAAUUCAGGAGAUCUACCUUGAUUUCAAUAACUUAUCUUCCCUUCCUUCUGGGAUUUUCAAACCUUCCCUCCUCACACUUGGUCUCUCUCACAACAGUUGGGAUUGCACUUGCAACUUUCUUGAACAUCUAGGAAAAUAUAUCCUUAGUUCAUUUGACAUUGUUUGUCACACCCCAGAACAUUACCAUGGCAUAAAUAUCAAAAACAUUUCCAAGGCAGAAUUGUGCCAGACUCAUAGACUCACAGCUCUGUUUAUUUGCUUACCUCUGGUUGCUGUUCUUGUCUUGGUCACCUGCUACUUCUGCAAGCACAAAAAGAAGACAAAGAGAAAGACGGGCUAUACACUUCAUGAUAGAAAAGAAUGCCAGUUGGCUACAGUGGAGAACAAUGGAACCAAUAGAUCAGAUGAUCAUCAGUGCUCUAUUCCACCUAUUAUGCCUGCUCAUGGUGCUGCAGAGAGUGAAAACAACAUGUUGAGAAAUCAACUUUUGCUUAAACCUUCAACUGCACUAUUAGAGAGCAGCAGAGAUCUUUCUGAGGAAGUGGAGAUUAAACUGGGGGCUUCUGAUGAUUCCUUGUCAUGUAGAAAUCUCGACCAAGAAAAGUUGGGAACAACAAAACCAGUCAUUGAAGAGGAAGAGAUGAUAGAUGAAGCAGAGACAUUGAGUGUAACAGAUGUUUUGAGGGAUUCAGCAGACCGUGAGAAGCUCUACAUGAACCAAUCAGUAGAUUAUUACAACCUUGUCCCGGGGAUUGAGUUGGAAGACUCAGACCACAUGGAGAAUGAGAAUGUUAAUCUUUGCUGAGGCUGCUUGUUGGAAGAAUAGGAUUUUAUUGUCCAUUAAAUUGAACUGUUGAUAUGGAGGAUCAACUUAAAUAAAAAAUGGGACCAUAUCAUGGCUUUUUCUAUUUUGCAGGAUUAGACAGCUUUGAAAGGCAACAUCCACUGUAAUUAAGCAUAGAAAAAAAGCAAUCUUACAGGAGUUUGAAUAGUGGGACUAAGUGGGCUGUCUAACUGAAGUUCCUUUCCAGCCCAGUAAUACUAUGCAUUUUAACUAUGUACUUCAUAGUUUUAAAAGUUAAUACUUCUCAUAAUUAGACAUUUCUUGAGAGGAAAGGCUCAAAAUAAAAAACCUUUCAGAACCGGAGGCUUGCCACCACCAUAUGAAUAAGAAAGGGGAGGUCAUCUGGGACAAAAUGCUUUUAUUCCAUUUUAAAAACAACUUCCCAUUUCUCAAUUCACAGCUCUCCCAUAUUUUUAUAAUGUUAUUUAUAUAAUAUAUUAUUUAUGUUAUAUAAAAUUCUGCAUUAUUUUCUACAUGGCUUUUCCUUCAUGGCUUUUUCCAAGCCUACCUCCUGAAUUAUGACAUUCUGUAUUCUGGCACUUAUUAUUGCAUUUGAGCAAGUCUCUCCAAUCAACCCCGCCACAUGUUUAGCUAUGUCAGUCCUGGAUUGUCUCCAAUUUUUUUUAUCACUCCUAUUUCAAAUUCCUGCCAAGUGGAGACUCUGCCUCCUAGUGGAAAGGAUUGCAUAAACCCAUUCUCUUAAAAGGAUUCUUUUGGCUCUUAAAAUAUUUCAAACACAUAGCAAAUCCUCAUUUAAUUAACACAUUUUCUAACCUAUCCAGUAAUAACAAUAAUUUCCUUUCAUUUUUUGUUUUAACAGUGUCUGGAUACAUAUAACCUGGCCUGUGCAAAUUUCUAAAACAACCUUCUUUUGGUCACCUUUCAUGAUCCACUAGUUGAGUAUUGGAGAGAUUUCCAUAAGUUAAGUGAAGGCUGAUGGAACAAAAAAUAGGUUGUUGGUACAAAUCAAUGUGGACGUUCAAAUAUGUGCUUGCAUGUGCAAGUGUAUGGACACCCCUUAUUUGUGGGCCUUGGGGCUCUCUGAGCUUGGUUGUUUUUUUGCAGACACAUCAUUAUCAAACUAGGGUAACAUCAUCAGUGUUUUAUAUACAGUAUUUCCCUAAAAACAAAACCAGGUCUUGUAUUAAUUUUUGCUUCAAAAGACGCAUUCGGGUUUAUUUUCUGGGAAAUAUGGUAAUAAAUGCAUCUCUCUGGCAAACGCUCUUAAGUGGGGCUUAUUUUGAGGGUAGGGCUUAUGAGCAUCCUGAAAAAUCAUGCUAGGGCUUAUUUUCCAGUUAGGUCUUAUUUUCGGGGAAAUAGGGUACUAGUGGCUUGCUGUACAAGUGUUAAUGGGAGUGGUCUUGGUGGUUUCUUGAUUGGGCAAGUGUUCAAUGUUAGUUUGUUUGUCUGAGUUGGUAGUUCCUUGAUUCUACCACCUGUGGUGAGAUUCAGCCAGUUCGCACCACUUCAGCAGAACCGGUAGCUAAUUUUUUGUUGCCCAGGCCCAGAAUGGACUUCUGGAAGCAGCAUCCACACAGAGAACCGGUUGUUCACAUAUUUGAAUCCCACCACUGGCUACCACCCCUUAUUUCUUGUUUCAUACAGCCUCUCUGAGGGAUGCCUGGGAUCAUGCUGCAGUGGUGCUCUUUCCCCUCUAUUUAUCCCUUUAAAACAGCAACCCAGUCAGGGUCUAAAUAACUUGAUGCCUAAGUGAUUGUAACCCUAAUUACUUAUCUUUUCUUCAUCUCUUCCUUCAUUCCUUCUUUCUUCAGCUUCUAUUUCAGACCCCAUUUGUUUAUUUUUGGAUUUCCUGCCCCUUGGCUUUCAUGGUUUCAGGUCUCUUUCCUCUUCUCCUAUUUCUAAGACAUUUUCAGGACCACAAGGUUACAUUCCAGUUAAGAAAAUUUAUUGUUCAUAACUCUAUACAAGAAUCUAGUCAAAUAACAGUCUGCAUUAAUUGGCACUAGAUAAGGGUCAAUGGAAUUCAAAAGGGGCUGGGAUCAUUUUUGGGAAUGAAAUGACUCCAGUCUGAUUCCUCUUUUGACUCCUCCUCCAGGCUCCACCUCUUCUUCUCCUAUAUCUUUGAUUAUGAGGAUGAUCAUGAUGUUAUCCAUUCAGUCCUGUUCAACUCUUGGUGAUUCUGUGGGCCAGGUCUCUCUGCAUCUUCUGAUCUUGCACUAGUUUGUUUAGUUUUUCUAUGAUCUUGCUGGUGUCAGCUUUGAUCUAUAUAACCUAUAUCUUUAAUAUACCCUAUAUCUUUAGUUCCAGCAAAGGGGCAACUUUUCACUCCCUAUAGGUGUGAAACCUUUAUUUAUCUAGCAAUUGGAAUAUUUGUGACAUACCAUCCGAAUCAUUUAGUAUUAUGUAUUUUACUGCUAUUAGCACAUUAAAAUGUAAGACUUUAUCACAGUUAAUUAUGUUCAAAAUUAUAUUAUGUAAGAGUCACAUUUAUACAAAUGCUGUUGUUUAUUACUACAUUUUCACAGCUAAACAAAUGUUAAUAACUGGUUCAAUCAAACCAUUUACAUUUCAAAUUUAGGGAAAUUAAGAGGAAUGCUAUUUUUAUAAUUUUCUCAAUGCAUUCAAUAUUCAGAAAAUCAGGCACACACUCUCACACCAGUAUGUUAGACUAAUGGUCCAAAAAUAAAGCAAAUAUAAUUUUUAAAAUCUAAACCGUAAGAAAUAAUUUGAUACUGAUAUGGCUUACUGUGAAGAUGGGGGCUAUGUGUAUGUGGGUGGUGUAUGUAGAAUUGUAUGUGUGUAUACCUUUUGUACUAAAUUGUUUUUUCUAUGUUAUUGUAUCUUGUCUCAAAAACAGAAUAAAAUAAUAUUGCUAAAAAGGAAAAGCUAAUUUAAUACUAGAUUAAAUAUAUUAUUCUGGAAUAAAUGUUUUAAAAACUAAAGAAA